AUGCAAAGGCCACCUACCCGCUACUCGCGAAUGUUCGUUGCAGGCGGGGAUACUCAGCUCCUGCUUGCCGUCAUGCUUGCGUCCGCUGAAGGCAGCCAAACCUCCCUCCAGCCAUGUUUGGAGGACUGGGAUACAGAUACCAAGGAUCUCUUGCAAGAGCUCUGUGAAGGCGUUAUCCACUACAUCUUGUCGCUCGACGAGCGCUUCCGCUUCGAGCACAAAGUCGUCUUCGCCGCAGUCAACAUUGCUCUCCGUGCCAUCCUCAAACCUGAAAAAUGGGCCAUUUUUGAGCCGACCAGGGAGGUGCUCUACGCGAAGGUCGGCAGCGCAUGUCUUGACAUGGCACUCGGCCUCACCGCAGUCCACAGAGCCAUCGUUGAGGCGAUGCUGGAGACCGCAGUCAUGGAUACAGAUCGCCAGCUCUCCAUGGACAGCAUUCUCAGCACACGGGCGAGCAUCCUGCACCGCAUUGGCCACUGCGUCAACGGCUCAACCCCAAUCCACUUCCUCGACUUUGUGUAUCCUCCCGAUUCGCGCACCCCCUUGGAGCAAUACAUACGCUUCGAAGUCUUGCGUGUCCUCCGGGCUGCACUGGUGGAGCCGUCUUUCUUCUCUUGCUCUGCGAGCCAGAUGGUGGCUGCGGCAGUCUCUGCAACGUGGCGUCGUCGGUUCGGAAUCCCCUGGGCGGAGCCGCUCGAUUCCCUUCCUGGUCACCAUUACGAAGAAAUCAAGUGGAUAGCGGACCUUCUGUAAUGUCGCAAGUGAGUUGCGGGGUGCGGUGAUUCCCGGCUCAUACUCUCUACAAGAAUGUCUUAUGUGUAUGGGAAGGACAUUCGUAAAACAAUGUCAAGGGUACCCAUAGAUUUCUUGCCCUACGGAACCUCCUCGCCGCGGUCUGGGAAGGUGAGACAUAGUGUCUGGCAGUGUAGGUGCGGGCCAUUCGUAGGCGAAUCGACAUUUGUAUGUACAUAAAGCUGGUCAAUGUAUCUCUCGUUUAGUUACACUUCCUGUCAAGAAUUUGCCCG